UGUUAUUGUUGAAGAUUACUCAGAUGCCUUCUGUCCAUUUUCUGCCUCACAUGCUAUGUCAUGAAAGCUUUGAUACACUUAGUACAUAAUUUAAAUGAAUGACUACUUUAGCAAGCAUAAUGGAAGGCACGCAUACUAUCCUUCAAUUGCACAAACCCAUAAUGGAGCUUUGUUACAUCAGCUUCUAUCUUCCAGAGGGAAAAGUCAGAGGAUUUACUUACAGGGGCUGUGUGACUCUGGAUAGAACCAGUAAACGUUUCUGUAAUUGCUAUAAAGUACAGGAGAGGUUGGAAAUGAGAGAACAGCCGUAUGAAAACUUCAGAGAUAUUAUUUUCAUGCAAACUACAACAAAAGACAUUCUCACUGAGUUGUACAGACUAAUUGCUGAAAAGGAAAAACUGUUAUCCAGUCUUUUGAGAUCACAUCAUAUUCUGGGCCUUAACAAGGGAUAUCAGGAAGAAAAGAAACAGGCUGCUUCUGCAGUCACAAAACUUAACUGUGAUGAUUGUUCCAGUUUUGAACAUCAUCAGGAGUUCUUUCUGGAUUCUGCAAAGAGAGGCAAAUUAAAUGGCAAGAAAAUGAGGAAAUAUAGAAGAAAAGAGAGCUUUGAUGAACUCAGGCACUGGAAAGGGAGAAAUAAGUUACGUGAACAGCAUCCUUCUUUACUGAGGGGGCAAGGCAUGCAAGUAAAUAAUGAGAAGAUGCUCCCCACGAGACUACUUUCUACCAGGAGUUUUCCCAGUUUCUUUUCUGCCUCCAGUUGUGUAACAGCAAAAGGUAAAGACUAUUUAUCACCAGAUGUUGGUAUACAACCAGCAAGAGGGAUAAAAGAGGGGUAUUUUCCUGAAAGCAGCAAAGCUAUGAAACUGGAUGCUGACUUAACAAGUUCUGUAUCAAAAGACAAUGGUGAUAAAGUUGCAGCUGAACUACUGGAUAAUGCAGAAUGCGUUCCUGAAGUUAUAAAUGUACAGCAGAGUAUCAUGUUGGUAAAAUCAUCUCAGGACAAUUUAUCUAACAACCUAGAGAAAUUAAGCAAAUCUGCAGUUCCUAAAAUCUUGAAAAAUGUCAAGUGUACUGACCAAGUAUACAAGAAGAAACCAGGAUUCAGAAUUGCUGCUGAAGUACAGGAUUCAGAAGCUUGUGACAAAACUGCGAAAACCCAUGCAGAGUCAUUAUCUGAUUUUCACCAGAAAAUGGUUUCUCCUGUUCUCACAACAGUACAUAAUGUAUUUGGAUCAAGAACUGAUGGAUAUUUAGCAGAUGAAGCUGCUGGAUACUCUAGGAACAGUGUGCUGCAGGAAGAAGAGCAAGAUGGCUCUGUUUUGAAGUACAAAGCAGAGAGAGUGCACAUUACCGAUGAGUCAUGCAACCUUGUGGGAGCAGUCAAUAAAGCUCUUCUGAAAGUUAUACGGAGUGACAGUUUAGAUGAAGCUGCAGAAUGGAAGAGACUGAAACAAAUUACAAGAGUAGACAAAAACCUGCCAGGCUCAGUAUAUGAGAAAAGAACCACGGUAUCCUGGGGAAACAACAAGCAUUUAUUUCUGAACCUGCCUGUAAAUGAAGACCCUGAUGUUUCUCAGACAAGUAAUAAGCUGGAAGAGAAAAAGCUGCAUUCACCUUCGUUAGUAGCAGUGAGUAAUGUUUUUAGCAAUUCCUAUCUGCUAUCUAAUACACACAAACAAAUGUCACCUAUUCCUUCUCCAUUAUCUUCAAGACUGCCUACCCCGCAGCUGCAUCAUCGGAUUCUCCCAUUACCUGCACAGAACUCUGAAGACGAACCUAUGUUUGGUGACUACUGCAGUGGGAGGCAAAGUGCUAUAAACCUCUCUUUCAAUGAUUUGGAGCCACCAUUUUAUCUGAAGUUUUCUGAACCUGGAGAACUGGGAUUUGCCAUCAGACAACCACGCUUACAUCAGAAUGCAACUGCAGGGCAAUUUGAAAAGCGCACUCUACAAGAGAGACUAACUACUCAAACAAAGCAGAAUUUCUGUGCAGUAGAGACUGCUUUAAAAGAUGACUUCACUGAACGGCUGACAAAUUUGGAUGUGGCAAACAGAGAUGAAGAUACCUGGGUCUUGGAUAGCAGACUGGGACUGUCAAGCCCGUUUGCUCAUUCAAGUGAGAAGGAGAAGAUCAACAGGAAUGCAUUGCAUUUGAGUUUGGAAUUGAAUUGGCACUACGCCGAUGGACGUCACCGAGCGCAGUGUGGCAGCGUUGGGCUGUUGCUGCCGGAGCCGCUGACCUGUCCCCGCGCUGGCUGGCUGCCCGCACGCAGCUCGCGGCGCUGGGAGCGGUGCCUGCGCUCGGUGCCACCUGCCCGCGGCUCCCGGACGGCUCUGGUAACACGAAACCAGUCCUGCUGGGUGUUGUUCGUGGCCCUGCAGGCUGAAGUCUGCAUUUCAAAUGAGACCUGCCGCACAGCGGGAGGGAGUCUCUCCUUUUCCUUCCUUGCUCGGUUUCGAGGUGCUCGCUCGGGCCAGCCGAGACCCGAGAGCACCGCACAGCAUUUGCAGUGGAAACUUCAGAAUUCGCACCUCGGGUUUUCACUUGGCAGUCUUUCCGGGAUGAUGACUUUACCUCGGAAGAGCCUUAUCCACGCGGAAGGCCCGUGCAGAGGAGCGCUCGCGGAGCUCCCCGCCGCAGGUUCCCAGCCCGCGUCCUGCUACGAGGAAGUAGCGCACCGCCACUGCGCGCUGCCCCGGCUGGGAACCGCGUUUAUAUAG